AUGUUAAAUCAUUAUUUAGAAAUAUUUGAACAAUUUAUACCAUUGAUAAAAAAAUGGAGUAAUGAUCUAAUAAUUCAAGUAAUGAGUAAUUCAACCGGUAUUUUACAAUAUGUAUGUAUUGAUGAAUUACAACAAAAAUAUCUCGGUGUACAUUUAAAGCUGAUCGAUGCUAUUAUCAUUAUUUUACAUGCACUAAAUUUAUUGGAUAAAUUAGUAGAAUUUAUUACCGAUAAUAUGAGUCGUUUGAUAUUUAAGGUUCGGCUAAUUCGAAGUUACAGCACCAUCUCAGAUUUGAAUGAUAGCCACAUAGACCGAUAG